GCCCUCAGCGGCGCCCGCAGGCGGCGCUGGAGGCGCGGGCGCUCGGCCUCUGCUCCCAAGAUGGCGGCGGCCGCCUGCGUGCCGGUGCGGGUGUGCCACCAGGAGAUCGUCAAGUUCGACCUGGAGAUCAAGGCGGCCGUGCAGGACAUCCGGGACUGCCCGGGGCCGCUGAGCGCCCUCACGGAGCUCAACGCCGCCGUGAAGGAGAAAUUCCGGCAUCUCCGGGGCCGCAUCCAGGAGCUGGAGCAGAUGGCGAGGGAGCAAGAUAAAGAGUCAGAGAAACAAGCCUUGCUGCAGGAAGUGGAAAACCACAAAAAGCAAAUGCUUAGCAAUCAGGCGGCUUGGAGAAAGGCAAAUCUGGCAUGCAAAAUUGCUAUUGACAAUGCUGAGAAAGAUCAACUGCUGCAGGGAAGAGACUCCUUGAGACAAAGAAAGACUACAAAGGAAAGUCUGGCAGAGAGUGCAAGUAACAUCACGGAGAGUCUGAUGGGCAUUAGCAGGAUGAUGUCACAGCAAGUCCAGCAGAGCGAGGAGACUGUGCAGACCCUAGCCAAUUCUUCACGAACCAUCCUGGAAGCAAAUGAAGAAUUUAAGUCCAUGUCUGGGACAAUUCAGUUGGGGCGAAAGCUAAUAACAAAGUACAAUCGCAGGGAACUGACCGACAAGCUGCUAAUCUUUCUUGCCCUUGCCUUAUUCCUGGCCACUGUGCUCUAUAUUUUGAAAAAAAGACUCUUCCCGUUCUUGUAAAAUUCCAAAGCUAAACUGAACUAUUAUGAAAGAUUAGAAAGGGAUGGCAGAAUAAUGUUAGGCUUAUUAUAAAAGGGAUAUUGCAAUAGCUGAAAGAGUGUUAGAGCAGGCAUGACUUCAUACUGUCCCCAUGGAGUACACAACCUGACUAAGAAGAGCUUAAAUGAAGACAAGUUGGGAAGAAGCGGUUAGAUCAAAGUGUGGAGAGAAGAAACACCAAUCUGCCUGCAGGUUUGGGGAAGCAGACAAACACUUGAGGAACUAGGCACUCAGAGGUGCCAGUCUUACCUUUUAUCCUCUCUUCAUUUUGCCAUGAAAUUAACUUUUCCCUUUGGUUUGAACUGGAAGCUGCGUUGGUAUCUGUGUGCGAAGUGCUGAGAAUAAGAGGAAAGAUGGAAGAGAGAAAGUCACAUACAUUCCGUUAAUAAACUAUUUAUUGUAUCUAUGUAAAUCGGGUUUUGUUUAAAAACAAAGUCUAACGGAUUGAAAGAGCCUGAAUAACUUUCAGUGUAAAAAUUCUGCUUAAUGCUUGCAGUAGUAGGUGCUUCUGGAAUGUUUUUUUCCAAGAAAGUAGCACCUUUGCUCUGUUCUUCUGGCAAAGGACUCUGACCAAAGAAAAAUGGAAGUCUCACUUGUUACGAUUAACUCCUGCAGUGUUUGAGAUUUGUACAGUCAAUCUGUUGAAAUCAAAAGACUUUUUUUUUGCUUUUCUUUAUGGAAUUCCACUGAAUGUUUUAUAUCUGCAAAAUAGUGACACGUUCUACAUUUGAACAUUUUUCUUACUCAUACAGUCGGUCUUUUCUCAGUUAGUCAUUGUAAAGGAUUUUACUGCCUUUCCUAUCUCUUGUGCUCUCGUAAUGGGAGUUGAUUUGCUUUAAUAAUGUAGGUACCAACAUGCCUCACUCUUUGCAUCGCAUUGAAGUACCAGAAAUGCACUGCACUGUUCUUCAAACUGGUGUCACCUUCCCCUAAUGAAAUUGUUUCAUUCCUUCUUCAGAGCUGACUGGUAAAGUUGAUGUUCUGUUCAGGAAGUUCUCACAGAAUGGUUAAAUGUUGUCUUAAUUUCACUGAUGGAAGUAAACUUCUUAAAAAGGCAGUGGUACAUGUAUCUUAAAAAAUACUGCGUGAAGUUCUCAAAGUUUAGAGAGAAUAGGUGACUAGUGGAUUAUCUAUCACAGUGAUAUUCGUUUUCCAGAUCUUAUCAGUGGGCACAAUUUACCCUUUCGCUGGCAGCUGCUACAAGCUUAGUUAAAUAAGUGAGUAGCAGUAGACUCUGAUAAUCCAAACCCCUGUACAGGACAGUGGAAGUGGUGAUUGUGUGACUAUGUGCAUAAAUGAUAAAAGCUGGAAUCUGUCAUCUAGGUCAAAAUCAAAGCCUCUGUUUGAAGAGUUAAAAUAUUUGAGCUUUUCUUCCUGGUGCAGUAACAGGGAUUUGGAAGCCUUUCCACUAGGACUGAUCCAUCCCAUAGAGGGCAGUGCUGCGUAUCUGUCGUGAGCAUUUUCUUGCUCUGGCAGUCCUGGAAGGCCCAGGGCAGAAUGGAUGUGGCUUUUCCCAUAUUGUUUACUCGUCGAGUUUCAGUGCAGCCUUCCUAAUAGCUUCUCCCGAGAUGCAGAAUUACACAAAGAUUGAAAUAAGUUGAAACUGUGCACGUUCCAGUUUUUAGUAAGAAAGAAAUUACUUUGUUUAAGAAAAGAUACAUUACAGAAAAUCAACACAUUUGGACUUUUAAAUAAUAAAUAAAAGCCUUGCUUUGGAACAAGUCUUCAGAGGAGCAGACUGCUAACCAAGGAAAGCACUGUGCAGUCCAUGGGCGGGAGCCACAACAGAGUACGUUUCUUCCAGCUGGCUGUUCAGCUUAUAUGUAACACCUCCAGCACCAGGCUAGAACCUUCUCAACCUGUCCCCCUCUGCACAGAUGCGUGGAAGUGUUUGUGCAUUGAUAUCUGCGUGCAGAGCAUGGACUUCUGUCCCCCCAGUCUUGGAAAGUCUUUAAAUACAAACAUUAUUUAAAGAAUGAAGAUUAUUUACUUUAUAAAUACAUCUCAAAUAAGUUGCUGUGCAGCAGCUCCUAUUUUCCGGAUCAGCAGUGCGGUGCUGUUUCACACAGACCAGGCAGAAUUCUCCUUUCUAGAUGAUUUUCUUCCUUCUAGGCUGGCUGCAGCAGUGCUUUAUUUUUUUCCCUAAGAAAAACAGUCUUGUCUUUCUGAAACGCAGCACCUGCAGGUGGUCAGACACUAGCUGCCUCAGUAUUUCCUCCCUCGUGUGGACACAAUACAAAAAUAGGUUGCUGCUAAUCUCUGAGAUACUGGGACGCUAAGCAGAUGAUAGAGCUGUGCUGUAAGCAGCGAUGCAGUGCGACUGUCUGCAGGAAGUUUCACUUGGUUUAUCUUUGCUACGUGUUCCCCUCAGAACAGAGGCAAACCUUAAAAACCAAGCAGCCUUCUCAUGGUGCUGAGAGUUUCAAUAAAUUCUGUUUCAAAGGGGUGAUCUUUAUGUAUAGGCAUUGUAAAGUAGCGGUGUGAGGGGAAAUAGAUGGAUUACCAAACAUCUUGUUUGCUCUGUUUCUGCAGUGGUACUGAAAUUGUAGCUCUCAGACCUUGACCCGCUGGCAUGCACUGAGAGCAAAAAAUAACUGUUAAGGAUCUUCUGUAUGACAUUUGUUCUCUGUCACAUCCGGAUUUCAUUAAAAAAAUUCUAGCCCUUUUGUAUAC